UUAAAAAAAUGUAAAUUCUUGGCUAGUUGAGAAAAACUGUUCUGAAGUCCCCACCCUCAUUCAUUUCAUUCUGUAAUCUGAACUAAGAUGAACCAAUGGUUCAAAUAAGCGCAGAUUCUUUAUUUGUACGCUGUGGACUUGCAGCGGCUGCCUAUUAUCUACCUCAAGAUCUCGGCGUUUUCGCCUUUUUAUCAGCCAUCAAACGAUCCAGUGGUAUGAGAUUGGCUGGUCCGAAAUGUUCUGGUCCUCCGGAAUCUGAAGUUGAUGAUUUGGUGUACAAUUUCAUGUCGGAUCGUAAUUUUACUCCAGCCUCUUACGCUGUCCAUAAACGUAAAAAUUUCACAGUUGUACAAUUAUUUGAUUAAUUUCACCGUUGUACAAUUAUUUGAUUAAUUUCACCGUUGUACAAUUAUUUGAUUAAUUUCA